UUUCUGUCUUUUUUUCUGUCGUGUUGCAGUGACAGCUACAUUGUGCGUGUCAAAGCGGUGGUGAUGACCAGAGACGAUUCGAGCGGCGGCUGGUUGGCUCAGGACGGCUGUCUGAGCAGAGUGGGCGUGUGCAGGCUGCUGUCGGCCGAACUGCUGGGACGAAGCAGCUUCCUCAUCCACGGAGAACGCCUCAAAGACAGACAGGUCAUUCUGGAGUGUUUCUUAAAGAAGGAUCUGGUCUACACCAAGGCCACGCCCACGUUCCACCACUGGAAGGUCGACAAUAAAAAGUGCGGUCUGACUUUUCAGAGUCCGUCCGACGCGCGAGCUUUCGACCGUGGGGUGAGACGGGCCCUGGAGGAUUUGACCGAAGGUACCGAGUUAGAACGUUUGGAGCAAAUUUUAAUCAUUUUAACGGAACCGACAAAUUAUCGCUCCGGCGUCGGAAGGGAAAAACUGAACUCACUUUGUUACUUUGCAGCACGUCACUGAUUUUCUGAGAAUGUGAUUUUGUUACUUUGUGGCCUCGCUGUACAGAAACGCACUCCGUAAAACUAAACUACGUACAAAGUUUUUUCCU